CCGCGUUUUGCAGGCUUCCGCAUCUGCCUUCCCUGUCUCUCUUACCUCCUUGAUGUUCGGCACUAUUUGUGGCCGGCGUGGUGGAAGGACACAGUGAGGUUCUCACCCCCGCCCCCCCACCGCUCCUCGCUCCCAUCCCAGUUCCAUCAAAACGAACCCGGGCCAGCGCAAGGAUCUCCGAGUUGCGAGUGUGCUGAGGCUGGGACUGUCACUCAUUCUCCGAUCAGCGCGUGAACGCAGCUCGGCUGCCGCUGGCAGGAAACAAUUCUGCAAAAAUAAUCAUACUCAGCCUGGCAAUUGUCUGCCCCUAAGUCUGUCGCUCUGCCGCCGUCCACACUCGCUGCAAGGGAGGGGGCACAGAAUUUACCGCGGCAAGAACAUCCCUCCCAGCCAGCAGAUUACAAUGCUGCAAACUAAGGAUCUCAUCUGGACUUUGUUUUUCCUGGGAACGGCAGCCUCUCUGCAGGUGGAUAUUGUUCCCAGCCAGGGGGAGAUCAGCGUUGGAGAGUCCAAAUUCUUCUUAUGCCAAGUGGCAGGAGAUGCCAAAGAUAAAGACAUCUCCUGGUUCUCCCCCAAUGGAGAAAAGCUCACCCCAAACCAGCAGCGGAUCUCAGUGGUGUGGAAUGAUGAUUCCUCCUCCACCCUCACCAUCUAUAACGCCAACAUCGACGACGCCGGCAUUUACAAGUGUGUGGUUACGGGCGAGGAUGGCAGUGAGUCAGAGGCCACUGUCAACGUGAAGAUAUUUCAGAAACUCAUGUUCAAGAAUGCGCCAACCCCACAGGAGUUCCGGGAGGGGGAAGAUGCCGUGAUUGUGUGUGAUGUGGUCAGCUCCCUCCCGCCGACCAUCAUCUGGAAACACAAAGGCCGAGAUGUCAUCCUGAAAAAAGAUGUCCGAUUCAUAGUCCUGUCCAACAACUACCUGCAGAUCCGGGGCAUCAAGAAAACAGAUGAGGGCACUUAUCGCUGUGAGGGCAGAAUCCUGGCACGGGGGGAGAUCAACUUCAAGGACAUUCAGGUCGUUGUGAAUGUGCCACCCACCAUCCAGGCCAGGCAGAACAUUGUGAAUGCCACCGCCAACCUCGGCCAGUCCGUCACCCUGGUGUGCGAUGCUGAAGGCUUCCCGGAACCCACCAUGAGCUGGACAAAGGAUGGGGAACAGAUAGAGCAAGAGGAAGAUGACGAGAAGUACAUUUUCAGCGACGAUAGUUCCCAGCUGACCAUCAAAAAGGUGGAUAAGAACGACGAGGCUGAGUACAUCUGCAUUGCUGAGAACAAGGCUGGCGAGCAGGAUGCGACCAUCCACCUCAAAGUCUUCGCAAAACCCAAAAUCACAUAUGUAGAGAACCAGACUGCCAUGGAAUUGGAGGAGCAGGUCACUCUUACCUGUGAAGCCUCUGGAGACCCCAUUCCCUCCAUCACCUGGAGGACUUCUACCCGGAACAUCAGCAGCGAAGAAAAGGCUUCGUGGACUCGACCAGAGAAGCAAGAGACUCUGGAUGGGCAUAUGGUGGUGCGCAGCCAUGCCCGUGUGUCGUCGCUGACCCUGAAGAGCAUCCAGUACACUGACGCCGGAGAGUACAUCUGCACCGCCAGCAACACCAUCGGCCAGGACUCCCAGUCCAUGUACCUUGAAGUGCAAUAUGCCCCGAAGCUACAGGGCCCUGUGGCUGUGUACACUUGGGAGGGGAACCAGGUGAACAUCACCUGCGAGGUAUUUGCCUAUCCCAGUGCCACGAUCUCAUGGUUUCGGGAUGGGCAGCUGCUGCCAAGCUCCAACUACAGCAAUAUCAAGAUCUACAACACCCCCUCUGCCAGCUAUCUGGAGGUGACCCCGGACUCUGAAAAUGAUUUUGGAAACUACAACUGUACUGCAGUGAACCGCAUUGGGCAGGAGUCCUUGGAAUUCAUCCUUGUUCAAGCAGACACUCCCUCUUCACCAUCCAUCGACCAGGUGGAGCCAUACUCCAGCACAGCCCAGGUGCAGUUUGAUGAACCAGAGGCCACAGGUGGGGUGCCCAUCCUCAAAUACAAAGCUGAGUGGAGAGCAGUGGGUGAAGAAGUAUGGCAUUCCAAGUGGUAUGACGCCAAGGAAGCCAGCAUGGAGGGCAUCGUCACCAUUGUGGGCCUGAAGCCCGAAACAACGUACGCCGUAAGGCUGGCGGCACUCAAUGGCAAGGGGCUGGGUGAGAUCAGCGCGGCCUCCGAGUUCAAGACGCAGCCAGUCCAUAGCCCUCCUCCACCGGCAUCUGCUAGCUCGUCUACCCCUGUUCCAUUGUCUCCACCAGAUACAACCUGGCCUCUUCCUGCCCUUGCAACCACAGAACCAGCUAGGGAACCCAGUGCACCUAAGCUCGAAGGGCAGAUGGGAGAGGAUGGAAACUCUAUUAAAGUGAACCUGAUCAAGCAGGAUGACGGCGGCUCCCCCAUCAGACACUAUCUGGUCAGGUACCGAGCGCUCUCCUCCGAGUGGAAACCAGAGAUCAGGCUCCCGUCUGGCAGUGACCACGUCAUGCUGAAGUCCCUGGACUGGAACGCUGAGUAUGAGGUCUACGUGGUGGCUGAGAACCAGCAAGGAAAAUCCAAGGCAGCUCAUUUUGUGUUCAGGACCUCGGCCCAGCCCACAGCCAUCCCAGCCAACGGCAGCCCCACCUCAGGCCUGAGCACCGGGGCCAUCGUGGGCAUCCUCAUCGUCAUCUUCGUCCUGCUCCUGGUGGUCGUGGACAUCACCUGCUACUUCCUGAACAAAUGUGGCCUGUUCAUGUGCAUUGCGGUCAACCUGUGUGGAAAAGCCGGGCCCGGGGCCAAGGGCAAGGACAUGGAGGAGGGCAAGGCCGCCUUCUCGAAAGACGAGUCCAAGGAGCCCAUCGUGGAGGUCCGAACGGAGGAGGAGCGGACCCCAAACCAUGACGGAGGGAAACACACAGAGCCCAACGAGACCACGCCACUGACGGAGCCCGAGCUGCCUGCCGACACUACGGCCACUGUCGAGGACAUGCUGCCUUCUGUCACCACCGUCACCACUAACUCUGACACUAUCACCGAAACCUUUGCCACUGCUCAGAACAGCCCCACCAGUGAGACCACCACCCUGACCUCCAGUAUUGCCCCGCCGGCCACGGCCACGCCUGACUCAAACUCUGUACCGGCUGGCCAGGCCACCCCUUCCAAGGGGCCCAGCGCCUCUGCCUCCUCCCCAGCCCCAGCUUCAGCCCCUAAGGUCGCCCCCCUUGUUGACCUGAGCGACACCCCGACCUCAACCCCUGCCGCUAGCAAUUUGUCUUCUAGUGUCCUGGCUAACCAAGGGGCUGUCCUCAGCCCAAGCGCCCCUGCUAGUGUUGGGGAGGCCUCUAAGGCUCCUCCGGCCAGCAAGCCCACCCCUGCACCAGUCCCCACCCCGACUGGGGCAGCCAGUCCUCUAGCAGCAGCGGCUGCCCCUGCCACAGAAGCCCCUCAGGCCAAGCAGGAGGCUCCCAGCACCAAAGGCCCGGACCCGGAGCCCACCCAGCCCGGAGCCUCGAAGAGCCCGGCCGAGGCAGCCACAGCCCUUGCUAGCCCGAAGAGCGAGGCUGCCUCCGUCAGCACCACAAACCCUUCCCAGGGCGAGGACUUUAAAAUGGACGAAGGGAACUUCAAGACCCCAGAUAUUGACCUUGCAAAGGAUGUUUUUGCAGCCCUGGGCUCUCCUGCUCCCGCCGCUGGGGCCAGUGGACAAGCCCCUGAGCUUGCUCCUUCCACUGCAGACAGCUCUGUUUCGCCUGCGCCAGCAAAGACCGAGAAGGGCCCUGUAGAAGCAAAGCCAGAGUGCCAGGAGACAGAAACGAAGCCAGCGCCAGCCGAAGUCAAGACGGUCCCCAAUGACGCCACACAGACAAAGGAGAACGAGAGCAAAGCAUGAUGGGUGACGAGAACCGAGCAAAGAUCAAAAUAAAAAGUGACACAGCAGCUUCACCAGAGCAUUUCCAACACCACAGACACACACACACACACACACACACACGCACACACACACACAUCUCAUUUCUCUAGUGUCUUUUGCCUUUAAAAAAAAAACUAAACAGAUAAAACAUGGGAAUCUUAUAGAAAGGGUCCCUUUGUUAGCACUCACUUGUAAGAAAAUGAGACAAAAAGGUUAAACCCACAGCCAAACUAGGACACUCCGUUCCCUGAAACCAUUUAAAAAUCAGACAAAAGGACCCCAAAUUAAGAAUCUAGGAAGCUCAGAAACAAAAUCUAGGUUCAGGAAGACCACACUUGGUGUUACCCGAUUGGCACAGACCAGUUUCAGAGAAAUAACUUUCAGGCACUAAGACUAAUCGAAUGAACAAAGUCCACAGUUUAUUUUUAUACUUUCAGUCAAGUUUGAACUCUGUAAAACCUCAUAAAUAAGUUAUAAUUUCUGUUCACUUUGUAUUUGUUCAGUAUGCAAAGUGUGUCACCCUUUCUAGCUGAAUUCAAUUCCCACGUAGACUCUUAUUUUGUAGGAAGAAUGCCAAAUUGCAGCUUCUGGGGGUAGAUCUCAAUUUGCAGUAUUCAGACUUAUUUUUCUUUCUUUUACAUUCUUUUUUUUUUCUUUCUGCCAACUUUGUUUUCCAGUGUUUACAAGGUGACAGAUGUUCGACUUUGGUUGUGUUUAAAUGUCCAUGUGAAAUAGCUGCCUUUUAUUUUUUAAGGUAACAAAUACCACCUAGAGGUAGGUAGGAUCAUCCCACGCUUGCUUUAGCACAGGACGACUUCACAAAACAUGAUUGUUUACAGCUGCUCUUCCCCUCUUUUCUGACCUGCAGUUUUUGCCUGGGUCCCACUCAGGUGAAAAUGCAUCUCAUUCUGGAAUGGUUUUGCUUUUUCAAUUUUUGGUUACUUUUGUGUUUCUCUGGGGGUUAGGCCACUUUCUGAUUAGCCGCCACCGGCCUGCAUCUGUGAAAAGGGAUCUGCUCCCAGGCGUUCUCACCCUUCUUUUGAAGGGCUCCUUAGGCUUUGUUGAAUGAAGCAGAGAAGAUUGUAUAGUUGGGGCUGGUCUUGGUGAACACACAUUAUUACCCCACACAUCCCCUUUGUGUAGAAAGCCAAAUAAAAUAUAUACAUACCAUUUCCUUUUGAGCCCAGAAUCUAGAUUUGAGCGGAAGAGCAUGUGUGCUUCAGGGAAUUAGUGUCUUUUUUUGGAAAUCUGUUGAAGUAAAGUAACAUCGGCCUUCUGUUCACUUAGGCAGCAUUUAUAGAAACAAAAGAGAAAAGAAACAACCUACUGUCUGGAGUCAUAACACAACUUUCCUGGAUUGGAAACCAAGUGGGGGAAAAAUACAGAAACUUUAAGGGGGAUGGGAGGGCGGGGAGAAGGGAAAAGCCAGCCCUUUGUAUAGAAAUUUUGCUUUUUUUUUUUUUUCCUCAUUCUACUUUAGAACUGCAAGCUUGUGCACUGUGGAUGCGUGAAUAUUUUAGUGUGAAACGUGUUUUUGUCAUAGUAUUGAAAUAAAACUUCAACAUAGUUUGGUUGUGGAAGGUAUAGCAGAUAGUUCAGAAAAAAAUAUUCAGGAAACAAAAAUCACUCUUAAAAGGAAUCGAAGCCUUUAAACAAAGAAAAUGAAAUACAAAUGAUGAUGAUGAUGAAGAUGACGCUAAGUAAACAGAAAUCAGUACUCCGCAUGCGCUCCUCUCCUAAGGUACAAAGCAGCAAGAGGUUAGGGUGGCAAGGCUGCCUCUGGGUCGAUUCUGUGGGCCAGUCUCCCCAAUGUUCUGACACUUCUGCAGUCCGAUCAGUGGCGAUGCUAGAUUAUACUUUCAAACUGUGAAGAAUACUGGUCUUGUCAUUUGCUCCAUGUGGGGUUAUGUUGCAUUUUCUCAGCUCCUGGGGAUGGAAAUGGAGGAUCCCAGAACACGCAGCCCUGGCCCCUUUGAUUCUAGGGCCAGCACAGAUCUCUGGUUCAAAUGCACAGGCCCUCAGGAUAGAAGAACAUGAAGAGAGAUCUUGGAACACACAGUAGAAUAUGAGAGCCUGGGGGUCUGAGACCGGGAGGGCCCAGCAGUGAGGGGCAGGCUCUUCCAGUCACCAGGCUGUUCAGCGGACUCAGUUCCUCAUCUUGUAGUGUCGAUGGCUUUGCCACAUCAGGCCAAGCCCAUGCCAUGCCUUGUCAAGACUGUCAAAGUGGUUAUGGUUAGGUCAACUGAUUUUGGUUCUGAUGGUUAGAAAGAAACAGGUCAGCUCUCAGAUCACCUGGCCCGGGGCAGCUGACCCCCUAGAACCCUGGCUCUGCCAUUAGCUAGGACCUAAGACUCUGCCCACAUUUGGUCUGUUCUCUCCCAUUACAUGUAGGUUUGUCUUAGCAUGCAAGAGUUUUCCUUUUUUAAAAAAAAAAGUAAAUAAGCAAUGCUUUCUCUAAAAUCAAAGAGGGAGUCAUUUUAUUCCAAGAUGUUUUAUCUUUUAUGUUAAGAGAUCAAAGCUUAUAAUUUUCUUUUUUUUUAAUUUUUGAAGGAGGGAUCAACUCCACCAGUUUCCAAUGUCUAUGUGUCUAUGUGUGUAUGUGCCAUACAUAUGUAUUCACAUGAAGACCGGCAUGGCCAAGUUCUGCUGGAGGAGCACUCAAGUGUGAUGAGCAGGGCCACUGGACCCUGCAGGGCUGUGGUGUACAUAGUGCAGCUUUGGAGGUGGAACUCUAUUUUCACACUUUUCUAUGGAGCCUUCCGAGUCCCAGGUUUUCACUCGAGGCGUCUGUCUGGACGGCGGUUUUCAGACCUCCAUUAACAUCCCUACCCAGCAUUCUGUACUUCGGGGGCCUUCUCUCUUGUUAUAAAACUUUUUACCAAGUGAAACAUCGAUACCACCUUUGUUUCCAUUCUCACUGGUGUAAAUACUGAGUACUAACUGAGAAUUUUGACUUUGCAUUCUGUCAGAAUACUUGUGUUCAAUAAAAAUUGAAAGAAAAAAA